AUAAUUUUGCGUCCAGGCAGGACUUAUCAACGUUCAAGGUGCCCCGCUGCGUCGCUUUCAGGUUACGGGUUAGUCCACACAUGUGACUGCGUUAGGCGCUCACACACGGCUGCAUGAUCCGCUUUAGUUUUUUUCUUUCUUUUUUUUAAGUCCGGUGAUCGGCGGCUUCCUCCACAGCGACCAUCCGGAGCAGAGGAGCGCUGGAAACACACUGCCUCCCCGGACAGAUCAUGGCGAACAGCGGGCAGAAAGUUGUGCUGAUCACCGGCUGCUCCUCCGGCAUUGGGUUACGAAUUGCAGUUACGCUGGCCUCUGAUGAAAAGAAGCGUUACCAUGUCAUCGCCACCAUGCGGGACCUAAAGAAAAAGGACAAGCUGUUGGAGGCAGCUGGAGACGUGUACGGGAAGACCUUGAUGCUUCUUCCAUUAGAUGUGUGCAGCGACGAGUCUGUCAGGCAGUGCAUCAACAGUGUUAAGGAUCGCCACAUUGAUAUUCUGAUCAACAAUGCAGGCGUGGGUCUGCUGGGACCCGUGGAGAGCAUCAGCAUUGAGGAGAUGAAAAGAGUGUUUGACACCAACUUCUUUGGUGUGGUUCGCAUGAUCAAAGAAGUGAUGCCAGACAUGAAGAAGAGGCGUUCGGGACACAUUGUGGUGAUGAGCAGUGUGAUGGGGCUCCAGGGAGUGGUGUUCAACGAUGUUUACACUGCCUCUAAGUUUGCCAUGGAGGGGUUCUGUGAGAGCAUGGCUGUCCAGCUGUUGAAGUUUAAUAUCCGGUUGUCCAUGAUUGAGCCCGGCCCGGUUCAUACUGAGUUUGAAACGAAGAUGAUGGAGGAAGUGGCCAAGAUGGAAUAUCCAGGAGUAGAUGCAGACACAAUUCGGUAUUUUAAAGAUGUUUACCUGCCAUCGUCCAUAGAUAUAUUUGAAGCUAUGGGUCAGACACCAGAGGACAUAGCAAAAUGCACUAAAAAGGUUAUCGAGUCAGACAGCCCUCGCUUUAGGAAUUUGACCAACAGCCUCUACACGCCCAUCGUGGCCUUAAAAUAUGCAGAUGAAACCGGCGGCUUGUCGGUCAACACCUUCUACAACCUGCUCUUCAAUUUCGGUCCUCUCAUGCACAUCACCAUGAACAUCCUGAAGUGCCUAACGUGUAGCUGCCUGCGCAGACGCACCAUCUCUCCUGACUGAGGGCAGGGUUCAACCCUCACCUUUUAUCUUAACCUCCAAGACCCCUAGUCUCUUUCCCUGAGGCUCUGCCGAGGCCCAGCAGGUAGACUAGAACCAGUAACCUGGAGACAGGAGGCUCUUCUUAGCUUAAACGUGAUACCAUGAUAAGCUUUGUUAGACAAAAUGCACAAUUGCACAAAUUUUUGCCUUUUUUUUUUUCUUUGACCUUAUAUGAAACCACAAGAUUAAGCAAACAGCCAACACAGAUGUACAGAAAACACUGAUGCCGGUCUGUUGUGCAUUCAGUAGAAGGAGAAGGAAAUUACCAGACAGAAAUCGAACAAUUAAAAGAUAUCAAAGCACAAAAACUGAACCCAGUUGAUAUGUGAAAAAUAAUUAUAGAAAGAUAGAUUGUAACCUCACUUUACACAUAUGUGGCAAACAUAUGUAGCAAAGUCAGAAUAGAUAAAUCUGCUUGUGCCUGCAUUUUUGUUUGCCAUAAUGUAGUAUUUUUAUAGAUAUAACUGCUGUUGGAUAAUAUUUUUUAAUCUGUUAAGAAACAUAAUGUUUUUGAUGUUUGAACGUGAAUGAAGACAGGAUCAUAUAUUUUUUAAUCUGAUUUAGAAAUAAAACGCUUUUGGUUUACCCUUAA